CCACCGCAGUUCCGUCCGAGACCGGUAAGCGCGGUCAUGAGCGAGUGUCGUUGCAGCAGAGCAGUUGCCUGCCGCCGAACGCGAGUGUUGUCCACGUGCGUCGUUCAAAUCUCGUUUAUUUUUCGAAACCGACGGAUAACUUACGCGACUCUAUAGACGAUUUUUUUUUUCAAAACCAUUUGGACGGCUUGCCGUCAACUCGUGCACGUCCAUCGUAAUAUUUUUAUUAAUAUUAUUAUUUUACUUUUUAUUAAGACGUCAUUGAAUAACCAUUCGGAAGACACACGCAGACACGAUUGUCGCUGACUAGUCAUAUAUUAUACGACGUCAACGGAGACAAUCGUUGUCAGACCAAUACUUCACCGUUACCGCGGUCACACAUUUCAACAUACAGGGACAUCAUGACUGCGGCCCCGAGAGUUUUGGCGCUGGCCACGCUGUUGGCGGUCGGGGCGCAGACAUUGUCCAACGGCGGCGCGGACGGCCGUCACGCGUCCGCCGGCGUCGAACGGUACACGAAGCUCGAUAGGUUCUUGCAAGACCGAAUGGGUCUGGCCAGCGUUUUCGGCGGCGGCGUCGGCAACCGGUCCGGUCCGUCGGCGCCGACCACCGACCGAGGCCUAUUGUCCAGGACGGCUGCGACCAGCGCGGCCGUUCCCGAGGACGAGGACGAUGACGGUGCGGAUAACGAAGACGAUGGCGAUGAUGACGACGACGACGACGACGACGAAAAUGACGAGGAGGACCUGCAGGACGAGAAGGACGAAGCGACUCCCGAGCCGAUAGUCAGGCUGCGACACAAGAACGCGGCUGCUGCGGCGGCUGCGGUGAAGGCCGAGAAGGACUUAAACGUAUACGGCAAAGACAUCCAGAAACACGAACCAGCGAGAACCAUGUCACCAGUGUCAGAAAAUAAAUGGAAAUUUCUCGGUUCUAGGAAGACUGUAGAAGAAACUUUCCGUAGUUCACAGAGGAUCAACUUGUUUCAAGGGCAAGGUGAUAACGAAGGGAGUGAAGCUUACAAGCAUCAAAUCAGAAUUUCAAAAGAAGCGUCUUGCAAAGUACCUAGAUCUCGAGUGAUCAAGGUAACUGACGUAUACCCCAGCUCUAAUAAGAAAUAUUUACCUGCGUGUACCGUACUUCACGUUUGCGCUGAUGAUACAGGUUGUUGUAAUAGUCCUACUUUGAAGUGCGGGCCGAAGAUUUCACAACCAAUUUAUUUGCCCUUCUUAGUUUACACUUUACCUGGACUGGGAGACCGGCAGUCACCCGAACAAUCUUCGUACCAGAAAUCGUUACUUUUUUACAACCAUACUGAGUGCGAGUGCCAGUCAAGAACAGAUGAAUUGAUGCCCAGAGACACGUUACCGACUGCGUCUGUGGAAACCCCCAAUCCACAGCCGCUGUUCAAACAUAGAACCGACAGAAAUAAUCAAUACAGUUGUAAGUGUCCGACGGAAUACACUGUACGUUAUUUGGCCAAUGGUUCAUGUUCGUGCGACUGUUUCGACAAACAACGAGAGUGCAUCCGAUACAAAAAAGGCAACGUUUAUUUUAAUCAUCUUGACAGAUACUGCAUAACAUCGGGUCAGUGUUUGUUGCCAAUGUGUGAGUAUGGUGUUUACUCUUCUCGGACUGGUCGUUGCCCAAAACAAUUUGAGACUCUAUAUUCAUUAAAUAAGAAACAUUACUUCUAAGUACUUCUAAUCAGACUGGAGACUAGUAGUUUGUUUUAUAGAAAUAUAAUAUAUAUAUAUUCCUUCACAUACACAAUAUAUUUAUGAUAUAAAGGUAUGUGUAUUUGUAUAUAAAUAUAUAAUACAAUAUCUACCAAAUAAUGUGUUCAGUGAUGUGUU